GCGCUGAGGGAGCGGGCGGGUAGGAACAACGCAGGAGCGAACGGGGGACAGGACCGCUAUCAGAUUUAGUUUGCUCUCAAUAGGUGCAGAUGGAGUCCCAGUACCUGAGGAGAUGCCUGGGAAGCUGUUUGAAAAAGGGUCUGGCAGAGGUUGUGGAGCAUCGGCCUGCAGACCCCAUCGAGUACCUGGCACACUGGAUUUACCACUACAAGAGAAGUCUGGAUGAAGAGCAAAAGAGAACGUUGGAAAGGGCUGAACUGGAAAAAGAACAGCAGGCAGCCCUGGAAGAACUUGAAAUGUUAAGAAAAAUGAAGGAGGAAGAGCUAAUGAUACAACAGAGACUUGAAGAACAACGACAGGAAGAAGAACGUGAGAAGUUGAAACUGCAGAAUGAAGAAGAGAAAAUGCAACUGCAGCAGAAGGAUCCAGAGGAAAAUGAAAAGACAAUAGCUGAAAUUACAGAUAGAGCAGGAGCACCUAAUUUGACCACAGUUGAGGAACUAGACGAGAGUGGAGUGUCUGAGAUUGCAACUGAUUUAAUGCCAGAGUUCGAACAAGAAACUUCCAUCUCACCUGAUUAUGAUUCAAAUGAUUAAUGAUUAAAAACCAUUUCUACUCAUUACUAGCUAACCCUGAACGGCAAUGUCUUGAUUUGUGUACUUUGAAUAGAGAACUGAUUAUAUAUAUACCCAUUGUUUUGAUUUCUUGGCUUUCUGGGUGUUCCUAUACAGCCUGUUAAUUUUGGCAUGCCGUGCUUCCUUCCUGUUCUUAAACCAUUGUAGCUGGCAUGGCUGGCUUGGAGGAAGAAAACUGGAAAUGGAAUAAAAGAAAUAAACUUAUUUUUCACUGA